AUGAAUACACUCGUCAGGAACUUUCUGGCCGCGGACCGGUUCGCCGUCGUCGGCGCGUCCACCAAUAGGAGCAAGUUCGGCAACAAGGUGCUGCGGUGCUACCUGUGGCGGGAGAAGACGGUCGUCCCUGUUAACCCGCGCGAGGAGGAAAUCGAGGGGAAGAAGUGCGUCAAGUCGCUCUCUGACCUUCCGGACCCGCAAGACGUGUCCGUUUCCGUCGUCACUCCCCCGGCGGUGACUCUCGCCGUCGUCGAGGAGGCUGGGCGGCUGGGCGUGAAGAGGCUGUGGCUCCAGCCGGGGAGCGAGGACGACGAGGUCUUGUCGAAGGCCGAGGAAUUGGGCCUGCAAAUCAUCCACGGGGAGCCUUGCGUUUUGGUAGAGCUCGGCUACUACGCCCCCGGUGGCCUGGGCAGCAGCAGCAGCGACGGCGGUGAGGGCAGCGGUGGCGGCGGCGGCGGCAGCGGCAGCAGCCUGUAG